AUGAGGAGUAUUCACAUCUGCUUUGCAAAUGACCUUCUCAUGUUUUACAGGGCUGAUAGGUCAUCUAUAAGGCCCCUGAAUGCAUCUUUUCAAAGGUUUUCUAGAGCUUCUAGUUUGCAGGCCAAUGUAGAUAAGAGCUCUCUAUAUAUAGGAGGUGUUGCUGAUCAGACAAGGCAAGAAAUACUGGAUGAAUUGGGAUUCACUGCUGGUACUCUCCCCUUCAGAUACUUGGGAGUGCCAUUUGCUUCUAAGAAGUUAAAUGUAAGCUACUAUAUGCCAUUGAUAGAGAAAAUUACUGCUAGAGUCACUUGCUGGUCUGCAAAACUAACUUUUCUUUGGACAGGGGUUGUUUCAGUGUCCAAAAAGGCAUUAGUGGCGUGGGAGACUGUUUAUUUGCCUUAUGUUGUUGGUGGUCUAAAUGUUAUUAACUUCUGUUUGUGGAACAAGACAGCUAUCCUAAAUUACUACAUAAAGGGUGAAGCUAUAGACACAGUUCCUAUACCCAAGAAUGCUUCUUGGGUACUGAGGAAAAUAUUAGCAGCAAUGGAGUUCUUUAUACAAGCUCCAACAUAUGUAGGUGAUUUAAGUGUAGCUUUGAAUGCAGCACAAUAA